GAGGGUUAUUCCAUAAUGCUCUGAGCCAGGGAAGGUUAGCGCAGGGACCAGUGUGAUUUGUACGGCUGCGGGAAGAUGCGUGUGCUUGUUGCUUGUUGGAUGGAGAGAGGCGGUGAAAAUGAAAUGAGUUUUCACUAGGCUUCAGCCAACAACUAUUGCCUCCUGCUUAAAAAUUCAUACGUUCUUUUUUUCCAAAUCCAACUUUAUGAUUUUGGGCACUGGAAACUUUUUUUGUUUCAUUAUUUAUUCAUAGGUGUUUUCAUUCUUUUGAAAUUCGAAUUUUUAACUUCAUUCUUUAUUUUCUUUGGGAAUUCCACCUGUGCACAUUGCGUUUAACCCUCCUCGUGUCGCGUCUUCAACCUCCAGUCUCAGCAGCACUCACCUGGACCGGAGCUCAAGAAGGCGAACCCCCCGCCCAAACGCCGGGAAGGCUGCACUAAGGCACGGCGUUGCCACUUCAAGCGAGACGUAGGCCUACAAUUCGAUCUCAGCUCUUACCAAAACACAAUCACCAGAAGCUCAUACCUCCUCUUCCCAACCUAGAGAGAGAGAGAGAGAGAGAGAGAGAGAGAGAGAGAGAGAGAGAGAGAGAGAGAGAGAGAGAGAGAGAGAGAGAGAGACUGAUUUGUACAGACCAUCGUCCAUUGCUAUUGACAUAUUGAAGAAAUAUAAAGAACAUCUAAGGAAGAAAGUGUGUGGAGUGAAAAUAAGAAAAAGCAUAGCUUGGAUAUUGAACGGAGCGGGGCAUGUGGAUAUUGGCUAUCAUCUUUUUCCAGUGCAUCUUGAAUGUUUUCAGUGAAGAUCUACGUUCCAGCUUAUAUUUUGUCAAUGCAUCUGUGCAAGAGGUAGUGUUUGCCAGCACCACAGGGACCUCGGUGCCCUGUCCCGCCGUGGGCGUGCCCCCCGCCUCGCUGCGCUGGUACUUGGCCACCGGAGAGGAAAUCUACGAUGUCCCCGGGAUCCGCCACGUGCACCCCAAUGGCACCCUCCAGAUCUUCCACUUCAAUCCCUCCAGCUUCAGCAACCUCAUCCAUGACAACACCUACUAUUGCACAGCGGAGAACCCCUCAGGGAAAAUCAGGAGCCAAGAUGUCCAUAUUAAGGCUGUUCUACGAGAGCCCUACACGGUCCGUGUGGAGGACCAGAAAGCCAUGAGAGGCAAUGUGGCGGUGUUCAAGUGCAUUAUCCCAGCCUCGGUGGAGGCCUACAUCACUGUUGUGUCCUGGGAGAAAGACACAGUGUCUAUCAAUGUCCAGACGCCUCGGUUCCUCAGCACCUCCACAGGAGCCCUGUACAUCCUGGAUGUGCAGAAUGAGGAUGGAUUGUAUAACUACAGGUGUAUGACCCGCCACCGCUACACGGGAGAGACCAGGCAGAGCAACAGUGCACGUCUCUUUUUGUCAGACCCCACUAAUUCGGCACCGGCCAUCCUGGAUGGCUUUGAGCGUCGCGAGGUGAUGACAUCACACCGGGUGGAGCUCCCAUGCAAGGCAUCUGGUCACCCGGCCCCCAAAUUCCGCUGGCUGAAGGACAACCGACCGCUGGAACCGGACAGCCGCUUCAGGCAGAGUGUGACGGGCCUGCUGAUCGAGAGGGCCCAGCCCAGUGACACGGGAAGCUACGUGUGUGAGGUGUGGAACAGCUAUGGCAACGCAGAGGUGGUGGGGAGGCUGCAGGUCAAAGAGCCGUUGAAGGCGGUGGUCAGCCCGAGGAAGGUGAAAGGCAGCGUGGGUAGCCAGGUGUCUCUGUCGUGCAGCGUGAGUGGCUCGGAGGAGUACGAGCUGUCCUGGUACCGGAAUGGAGAGAUCAUCUACCCUGGAAACAGUGUUCGCAUGACUGGAAACAACCGGGAGAACCUGGUCAUGGCUGGGAUGGCUAAGAGUGAUGGAGGAGCCUACCAGUGCUUCGCCAGGAACGGCAAGAUGUCCGCCCAGGACUUUGUCCAGGUCAUCCUGGAAGAUGGCACACCCAAGAUCAUCUCCUCCUUCAGUGAGAAAGUGUUUGGAACCAACGAGUUUGUUUCACUGUUCUGCAUGGUGAAAGGCACACCAGAGCCCAGGGUGAUGUGGACGCUGGACGACGAGCCGGUGAUCAGGGACUCCCGCCACCGCAUCGGCCACUACACCAGCCAGGAGGGCCAUGUGGUCAGCCACCUGAACAUCAGCCAGACCACGGGGCCGGACGGGGGUGUCUACCGGUGCAUCUGCAACAAUUCGGCCGGGGCGGUCUCCUACCAGGCGCGAAUAAACGUAAGAGGGCCUGCCAGCAUACGACCAAUGAAAAACCUCACUGCCAUUGCUGGGCGGGACAUGUAUAUCCACUGCCGCGUCAUUGGCUACCCGUACUACUCCAUCAAGUGGCACAAGGAUGCCAACCUGCUCCCCUAUAACCACCGGCAGCGGGCGUUUGAGAACAAUGGCACGCUAAAGCUGUAUGAUGUACAGAAGGAUGUGGAUGAGGGCGAGUACACGUGUAGCGUGCUGGUCUCACCUUCUCUCUCCACCAGCCAAAGUGUGCACAUCAGUGUGAAAGUUCCUCCCACCAUCCAUCCCUUCGAGUUCCCUCGUUUCUCCAUCGGCCAGCGUGUGUUCAUUCCGUGUGUGGUGAUGUCAGGUGACCAGCCUGUCUUCAUCACAUGGCAGAAGGACGGUCAGCCAAUCCCGGCCAGCCUGAGUGUAACCAUUGACAACAUAGACUUCACCAGCUCCCUGCGUAUCUCCAACCUGUCUCUCCUGCACAAUGGCAACUACACCUGCAUUGCACGCAACCAGGCCGCCAUCGUGGAACACCAGAGUCAGCUAAUUGUCAGGGACCUGACCACCGUCCUGGACCCAGUGUUCACUGCAUCCUUGAGGAUCAGUUCAGCACUGACCUGGGCCCAUCUCCAGACCCAGCAGCAACUCUGA